GUAGUUAGGUUGGAUGAAACAGUCCAUAUGAAAUUCUGGGUUGAUAACGCAGAUUCCAAGAUUAGUGUUAAAAAUGUUUUCUCAACCCUUAUAAGAAGAUUAGUACUCAAGACUAAAUCUGGUUUAUCAACCUCCAGAGUAGAUGCUAUGAUCCAACUUUCUCUCCCUGGGUGUGGCCCAGGAGAGAAGACUGAAGAAAAAAAUUUCAGUUCGAUAUAAGUACCGCUAAAGAUAUUGGUACACCUGCUUCACUCAUCGGGUCAUUAGGAAAAUUUUCUGGCAAAAUACAGCCGACAUGUAAAGGCCAGCUCAUUUCAUGAACUUAUCAGCUAAACGUCACUGGUGAAGUUGAUGGAUGCGCUUGCUGUGAUGGCCAUCCAUUCGUAUAUACCAAUAUUGAAAUACUUGCGCCAGAGAGAGUACUAGUGUUCCAACAAAAAUUUAUGUUCCUGAAGAGGUCAAAGAAGAAGCUGGAGCUUCUGAAGAAGAAUCUGAGAGAGAAGCUCCUGCUGGUGGAGGAGCUCUUGCUGGAGACCAUUCUCAAGAACCUUUGGCUAGAAGUAAAAUUGCUCCGGAAGUCCCUUAUAACUCUUCACCAGGAGAUCCUCAUAUCCAAGCACCUAUUCCAGUCCCUUUUGGUCCCAGUCAGCAAUAUAUCAGUUCAACAAUCCCUGCUCUCCCUAUCAACACUGAAUCAUCUCAAGUCAAGAAAGUUGACUUGGAAGAAGACUAAUUUUUGCAAAACAAAAAACAGAGAAUUCUAG